UUUUAAUCAUGCAGGCGCCGCCGCCGUACUGCACAAAAAGGCAACGGAGAAAAAAAAUAAAAUAGAGGGAAUCUGCGAGCCAGAAAAAAAAGAUUAAACGCAGUCAUCCAAAACAUUUUUUUAUUCUACACCUUAACAUUUUUUAUUAUUUUACAGCAAACACUCAUUUUUAAAACGGCGCACAUAAAACACAUAAACACUCAGACUCAUUCACUCAUUUCACUCGUUAAGCAUUAAAGUUGACCACCCCAGUUCGAUUUUAUAAAAAUAUGCAGUCAAGCGUCGUGCCCAAGAUUCACCAGCACCAUCAUCACAACCAGCUCCAGCACCAACAUCAGCAGCACCAACACCAUCAGGUGGCCCGUAGUCCACUUCUUCACAGACGCCGGGAUAGCCGCGACAGCAUAGGACCCUACUCAAGUGCAUCGCCCGAACCAGGGUCACAGAGUCCAGGUGGUCGGUCUAGUUCAAGCCCAAGUAACCGCACAUCUUGCACCUGCAGUGUAUGUGGCAAACGAUAUAAGCAUCGCAGUUGUUUGCACAAACAUCUGUGGGAACACCAUGAUGCUUGGGAAGCUUGCUUGAAGUAUAAUUUGUCAAAGCAUCAGCAAGUACAAAUGAUGGAGGCAGCGCAGGUGCUUGUAGAAAUGAUGGGAAUAAAAUCCGCCUAAAUUAAGUUUACUGCUCGCUUUUUCAUUUUAUUUGACCGCCCAAACAGACAGACAGACAGACAAAUAGCCAGCCAGCC